AGUGAGCACCCCUAAUUCUCCUGAUUUACUGCUGCUGCUACAAUCACUCUCAAUGGAACCCAAUCACAAAUCCGGGGACGGCCUGGCGGGCAUGCAGAAAGAGGCGGCACUGCGCACUCUCAUCCAGCGCACCGGAUACCAGAUACUACAGGAGAAUGGUCAGCGGAGGUAUGGAGGACCUCCGCCGGGCUGGGAGGGCCCCCCCCCAGAGCGAGGCAGUGAGAUCUUCGUGGGGAAGCUGCCCAGAGACCUGUUUGAGGACGAGCUGGUGCCCCUCUGUGAGAAGUUUGGGAAGAUCUACGAGGUGAGGAUGAUGAUGGACUUCAACGGCAACAACCGGGGCUACGCCUUCGUCACCUUCACCACCAAGCAGGAGGCCAAGACCGCCAUGAAGCAGCUCAACAACCACGAGAUCAGGAACGGUCGUCUGCUGGGCGUGUGCGCCAGCGUGGACAACUGCCGUCUGUUCGUGGGCGGGAUCCCCAAGACCAAGAAGAGGGAGGAGAUCCUGGCCGAGAUGAGGAAGGUCACCGAGGGGGUCAUGGAGGUCAUCGUGUACCCGAGCGCCGCUGACAAGACCAAGAACCGUGGCUUCGCCUUUGUGGAGUACGAUAGUCACCGUGCUGCAGCCAUGGCCCGCAGGAAGCUGUUGCCAGGCAGGAUCCAGCUGUGGGGUCACGCCAUCGCCGUGGACUGGGCGGAGCCAGAGGUGGAGGUGGACGAGGAUACCAUGGCGACGGUGAAGAUCCUAUACGUGAGGAACCUGAUGCUGGCCACCACCGAAGAAACCAUAGAGAAGGAGUUUAACAGCAUCAAGCCAGGUGCAGUGGAGAGGGUGAAGAAGAUCAGGGACUACGCCUUCGUCCAUUUCACCCACAGAGAAGACGCCAUCAAGGCCAUGACCGCCCUCAACGGCAAGUUGGUGGACAGCUCUCCCAUCGAGGUGACCCUGGCCAAGCCAGUGGACAAGGACAGCUAUGUGCGCUACACUCGGGGGACGGGGGGCCGCGGGGGCCCCCUCCUCCAGGGGGAGUAUGCCUACACACUGGGCCAGGUGUAUGACCCCACCGCCGCCUACCUCGGGGCGCCGGUCUUCUACGCCCCCCAGGCCUACGCCGCCCUCCCGAACCAGUUCCGCUUCCCCACUGCCAAGGGUCACGUGGGCGGGCGCGGUCUGGUCCGGACGUCUUCUAUCAGAGACAUUUACAUGAAUAUACCUGUAGGGGCGGCCGGCGUGCGGGGCAUGGGGGGGCGGGGCUACCUGGCCUAUGCUGGCGUGGGGCGUGGCUGUGCCGGCUACCAGCUGAAGGCUGAUAAGAGGCCGGACGACAAGCUGUUUGACCUGCUUCCAGGAAUGGAGCUCACCCCCUUGAACACAGUGGCCCUGAAACCUCCUGGGAUGAAACACGCUCCACAGAUUCUGGAGGAUGUUUGUCAGAAGAACAACUGGGGUCAGCCAGUCUACCAGCUCCACUCUGCUCUCGGACACGACCAGCGGCAGCUGUUCCUUUAUAAGGUCACCAUCCCAGCCCUCGCCACCCAGUACCCCAACGUACACCCAUUCACCCCGUCCAAACUGUGUGCGGCGGUGGACGAGGCCAAGGUGCACGCGGCCGAGCACGCCCUGCAGACCCUGGGGCUGCAGACAGAGGGCGCCGCAGAGGCCACCGCCGCAGCCGCAGCCGCCGCCUUCUCAGGUUACACCCUGGCCAGCCCCUCUGCCUCUGUGGCUGCCUCACAGCUCAAACAGGCCGUGUCGCUGGGCCAGGAUCUCACGGCCUACGCCACCUAUGAAGGGUACCCGGCCUUCGCCGUGGCAACCCGAGGAGACGGCUACGGGGUGUUCUGAACCGCCGUUCUGGAAGCCCAGAAUACGGACGUCAGAACCGGAAGCUCCGUGCCGACCAGCGUUCCUUCCGAACUCGUUCUCUGACUGUGAAACAAUGUGUCCUCUCUGUAGAAUUGAUCUGAUUGUGAAAAUGGAUUUUGUAGUUGUUUGAGGGCCACUAUUGCCUGUCGUAGAGUAGUAAAGAAAUCAAAUUUAAUUCCAAAAGUAUUGAUUGGUUAUUAUUUGGUCAUUUUUGGUCAUGUUUUGUUUUUUUGUACUUCAGUACUUUUGUACUUCAGAGAAAAGGAUGUCUGCACAUAGUGUUUAGUUCUCUCAGUAACUCAACACUCAUGUUUUUUGGGGGUCUAAAACCUUUUUUUGGUUCAUGACGCUGUUUUUCUUUUAGAGUCAUGAGGGAGACGACCGGUCUACUCUGAGGUCAAACUCUGAUAAACUGACUGAUAAAAACCACCUGAACACAUGGACUUUAAUCCCCAAAAGUACUAGAAAAACACAAAUUCCAUUCAAACAGACAAACAAACCACAAUAAUACAACAUUUAAUCAAGUGCAGAUCCUUUUUCUCUCUGGCCUCAUGGCCUUUUGUUUCCUCAGUGAGUGAAGGACAUGAAUGCAAUUUUUACAUUUCAUUUUCACGAAUGGUGCCUUUGAUGUUAUUCUACCUAUGCAUGCCUCUACAUAUAAACGGAAUGUGCUGUAGUGUCUUGUACACAUGGAUGUUGUUGGACUGUGUGCUUAGAAUAGGAAAUAGAUGCUAGAUGUCGUAAAAGGGCUUUUAUUUUGUGUUGUUCCCAUCUCUCAGUAUUCACACUUUCAGACUUGUAUUUGUCUCGAUCUUUCAUAACUUUUUGAUAUAAUGUGUUCUUCAUGUGCAGAAUAUAACCACCCCCACGAGAUGUGAACCUGA